UUGAUUGCUGCAUAGUCGGCGGUGACGUGUUAAAUAUGAAAAAAAAUUGCAAAAGCUAAACAAUCUCAACAGAUUGGAAACAAAUUUUCGCCUAUGCUCUGUUUUAUGUUCCGUUACCCACUCAGAGUGUCGACUACAGUCGGGGCCGACAGUUUCGAACAGUGACCUUUCGCUCACUUUCGUAUUUUUCUUCUCUGUAUUGUUGUGACAGCUGCUCUAUCUAGGUCACAAAGAAGUUGUAUUUUAAAUUUUGAAGAAUGGCCUCAAGUGGUAUCCAAGAACAUAAUGAAGCACGCAGGAAACAGAUGCAUAUGGAGCGAAUUGCAAAUUUACAAAAAUCUAUUGGUGAAAAUUACAGAAAUACCUAUGAAACCGAAGUGCGAUUCAGAAACGAAAGAAAACAGGAUCCAACCGCUUCCAAGCUUAUCGGUCCUACGGAUUUAACUAAACAAAGCUCUGCCAAGGACAGCAUGCCUUUCAGCAUACCUGCGACUCAAGCAUGCGGAUAUCGAUGUAUUUAUGAACAUGAACCAAAUGAAGAACCAAACGAAAAGAAGACAGCAUAUAACCAAAGGUUUGAUCAGGCCCAAACAACGCAGCAACUACUGUGUAAUAACUGUAAAGGAAAAUUAAAUUACCAGAAACGAGGUGAUCGAUCUUAUGGAAUGCAAUUUUCACCAUAUAAAGAAAUAUAUUCGGCAAAACUCCCUAAAAGAUUUACCACCACGGAUUAUCUCAUGCAGUGGUAAUAUUUAAGAAACAUUCCACUAACUUAAUAUUUUCCACCUCGCUUCGUAAAAAUGGGAAAAUUUUCAAUGGAAUUAAGAAUAAAUGUACACUUUUCACUUAA